AUGUUUGCUUCUGCAGUUCUGAUCACUUUAAAGGUUUUGUUUUGUUAUGUUGCUGCUAAGGCUCUCAGACCUGGGGACAGCAGUGAAAGCCGGGAAGGUCUUGCUUGGGAACCGCAAGCGGAGAAUUGCGAGGAGUCGGGCGCUUCGGAGGUUUUAGCGUCGCUGCAUGAAGCAAGGGGCGACGCGACGUCCGCCCUGAGGCUUCUUGCCGCUGCCGGCAGCCAGCGGGUCUUUGCACUGCUGCGGCGGCACCUAGGCCAAGGUGCAGACCUCGGGGCCGUUUCGGCCUUGCUGCCGCGGCUCGUUGCACUCCAUCCUGGUCAGAUGGCCGACUUGGCAGCGGCCCAUCCAGAAAGCCUGAAGCCCGCGGAGCUGCUCGCAGCUCUGGCGCCACAGGGCGCUGCCUGGGAGCUGCGCUACUUGAGGCUUCUCGCUGGGCGCUGUCCAGAGGCGGCCAAGGACUUCCGAGACCGAAUGGUGCGGCUAACAGCAGAACGGCGGCCACAUCAUCUCAGGCCAAUGCUCAUGCUGUCUGCCUCCGAUGAGACAGAGGAGACCUCUCCUCCGCUCCAUGGCAUGUGGUUGGAGGCAGCCUGGACGGCCGGCUCCAGGGAGGCGACGGCGCUGGCGCUGCUUGGCCACCCGGAGCAGGCUUUCCACUUGCAGCUCUUUGAGAUCGGGAGUGUUCAGGGAGCCCUAGACGUGCUGGCUGAGGCCAAGCUCCCGGAAGCGAAAGAGCAAGAGUUGCUGCAGGAGCUGUGCGCAACAGCGAUCCAGGAUGGCCACCUCUUCGCCUCUCUGCUAGCAGCGGUCCUCAGCCCAUCCGGUGGCGUGCCGGGGAUGAAGGUCUCCACCCUCUUCCAACAGCUGCCUCCAGGCCUCGAAGUUCCGACGGCUGCCGUCGCGCUACUUCUUUCUCUAGACUGCGAUCUCCACGAGCUGGCUCUGACAAGGCUUCGCCGCAGCGCUGCGGAUGCGGCCCGCGCGCUGCAGAAACGUCAGCGCAGGGGCCAGGCACGGUCAGGCCAUGCCGCCGAAGAAGCAGGAUCGUGUCCGCGCGAGUUUGUUGCACGUUUCCGGCGUCCUCAUCCGAUCCUCAAAGCUUAG